ACAUCGACGAAUGUGCAGACGCAUCUCACAAUUGCGAUGGAAAUGCAGACUGCAGUAAUAGUGUUGGAUCCUUCAGCUGUUCUUGUCAUUCAGGCUUCUCAGGAGAUGGAGUAACUUGUACAGAAAUUGAUUGUGGUGUACCCCCCGAUGUUGCGUUUGCCAGCAAAACUACAAGUGGAACGACAUUUGAUUCAGUAACCACCUACAGCUGUCAUGCGUCAUACGUCAUUGCUAGUGGAUCGAUUACGUCAACGUGUGAUGCUUCUGGCCAAUGGACGCAAACCAACUUGAUAUGUGUUGUCGACUGUGGGGCUCUAGCCGUAUUGAAUGGCGCAGCUGCUUACAGCUCCACUCUCGAGGGCGGUACUGCGACCGUCACAUGCAACAAUCUCUUCCAGUAUUUCGGAACAAGCAAUACAGCCACCUGUCAAUCAACCGGACUGUGGGAGGGACUUGAUGGAGCUUGCGGACAGGUCGAGUGGAAUAAUGAGGUAGGACCAUUCGCCGCAAGUCUCCCCGCACCUAUAAGUAGCGGUUGGGAAAUGAUCUUCAAAGGUAUUCCUACUGGAAACUUUGAUGUCUUCUUGAAGGAUCCGCCAACAACGUUCCUGAAAAUGAAUGUGUUGUUUGAUCAAACGCAGAUUAUUAUUUCUACACCCUCAAAUUCCUCAUUCGCUAGUGGCAGUUUUCCGUUUCAAGUUAACACAGCUUUCGAUAUCCGACUGAAACUGGAAGGAAACCAAUUUAAGUUUACUGUCGAUGGAACGGUUAUUCACACCUCCCCCGCAACGACACCGGAAAAUUUCGAGGAAGUCCGAGUCUCCUCGGGUACCAGUGUCACGCAGUUAAAGUUCACCUACUAAAGAAUGGACAAAUUCGUCAGUUGUUCUACCUAACACACGGACUGUUUUGUUUUCAUAACACCUCUUUCGUCUUUCUUCUUUCAUUUCUGUAACCUUGUAGUGUGUGUGUGUGUGUGUGUGUAUAUAUAUAUAUAUAUAUAGUCAAACUUCGAUAACUCAAACUUCGAUCUCUCAAACUGAAGCGACGGUCCCAAGCCAAAAAUAUAUAUAGAUAUAUAUUUCUCCCAUCCCUAGCCAUGCAAGACAGGCGUAUUCCAUGACGUCAGCCCAUGCAGAAUAAAUCGGUCUUGCAUGAC